GCACGCGAUCAUCUGGCACUUGAACGCACCUGGCUUGCAUGGACCCGCACAUCCCUGUCCAUCGCUAGCACUGGCGUAGCCCUAGUGCAGCUCUUCGCUCUCAGCUCACAAAACUCCGGUAAUACCAACCCUGUCGGGCAGAAAAUCAUGCGCGUCGCGAAACCCCUGGGUGCGGUCGUGAUCGCUUUCGCGUUCCUGACGCUCGUUGUUGGGAGCGCGAGAUUCUUCCGAGUGCAGUACGCUCUGACCCAAAACACGUUCCCACCGGCAAGAUGGAGCCCUCUGGCAAUGUCUGCAAUCAUGAUGUGCAUUGUGGUAGCGGUCUUUGCUGUUGUUGUCACGUUGACCAGGUGA